UCACCUGUUGCGCGACUGAAAACGAGUCGCUGCGUUUAUUUGUUUUAAUAACUAGUUUGGUGAGUGGUUCAGUUCGUCCACAGGCGUCCUGUAAGCCUCUCUGGAAACUCUCCGGCUACUUGGAUGCUGAUUCACUGUUUGGUCCAUCAGGUCUGAUUAUGGAGAAUGGGAUCAACAGCUCCUGGAAUCCUUUCCAUUCAAACCCACAGAGUCCAGUGAAUGGAGAUCGAGAUGAUAUUAACUCGAUCAGAGAAAACCGCACUGCUCAGGACUACGAUGUGGAAACGGUUGAAGAGGAAAACAGUGUGUUACCUAAUGUAACAGGACAAAUCAAUGUCAUUCAUCAGACGCCUCCGUUUUCGGACUUUAAUGUGGACAGCAAUCCUUUUGCGGCUCCAGACUGGGUUGGGUUUCCUCCACCUGAUUUUUAUAAAGAUAAAACACCUGAUGUGUUUCAAACCACAUCAGCAUCAGGCAUUUGGGGUGAAGAAACAGACAUUUUCCAGCCUUUUAAAGAAAAAGUGGACACUGAUGUGACACAAAGCAGCUCAACCAAUCAGAACACGGAAUCCUCGUCUUCAUCCAAUCAGAGGGAUCCUCUGCUGGAGUUCAUCCUCUCCAGACAGAAGAAAUUCCAAGCCACACCCUCCUUCACAUCACCGUCUGAUCCUUCCGAUGUUUUCCAAGAAACGUCCACUAAAACCGUCUCAGGUUAUGACUAUAACCAUGGUUCCCUGAGAGAGGGAACGAGACACUGCGUCCCGAAAGGGGCGCUAUGGGAACGCCCCUUUCGGGACGCAGUGCGAGUUCCCUCAAAAGGGAAAGACAGUUUCUUCGAGACACCAUACGUCUCUAACACUGACCCAGUAUUUGAUGAUAUUUUCAAGACACCCUCGUCCACGGCAGGAACCUCUGACAUCAAAGCAUUCGAUCCUCUGUUCGACCCUCAGAAUGAAGUUCAGUCCAAUCGGAAUAGCAAUUAUGAUCUGCUGCUCACCGGUCAAGAUACAAAGCAGGAUGUUCGUAUGUCUCAUGUUGGUUUGCAGAACGGAGCCGUUCAGGAGAUUGCUUCCACAAACACCUCCAACGGAGACCUGAUGUUCAGGAGGCGUCCGCCGAAACCUGCUCCUCGCAGUAAAGCCGCUAAGAGCAUCCAUCUGCCUCAGAACACGACGGCUGAGGUUGAGCACGAUCUGCCAGUUUACGAGGAUGUUCUUCUUAUCGGUCAGGAAAGGUGUGUGGAGGACUGGCCCGAACACAGUCCAGAACUCUCUCCAGCAUGGAAACCUGCUGGGAAAUUCAGGCUUCGGAGAGACUCUGUACGGAUUGCAGAAGCGUCUGAUGGAGUCGAUGGGAUUGCGAAGAAGAACGGAAAGCAGACUCUUGGAAGGAAACUGCGACACUCUCUGCUGAUCAGGAGGAGCUCAAAGGAUAAAAUUGGAGAUGAAGUGAAGAGCUCUGAGACGAACUCAGACACGCUGCAUCGAGGGUCAAAGCUCGUCAUUGACAGCACGGAGGAGUUUUUCGCUCUAGAUGAAGAGCAGAAUGAAGCCGGCGAGGUUAAAUCAAAGAAAUCAUCAAAACCCAAGAUUAUUUCACAGCGCAGAGGAUCGAAGGGGAAACACGCUGAAGCUUCAGCUAAAGGAUUCACUCCAGACUAUCAGGAUGAUUUAAAGUCCUCAUCCAAAACUGCUGAUCUCACGGCUCUGGGAGAGAAGAGGGAUGAAGAUGUGGACUGCAAACCGAAGCAAACACAGAAAUUCAAGCCUCCUGUGCCACAUCGACCAUCAAAGGAUGCUUCUGCAGUUGGUCUGAAAUCAUUGCCUGGUCCUCCUCCAUCGAUGCAGUCAAAGUCCUUUUCCAAAGAUCCCUUUUUGGAAGAAGACUUGGAUCUCGGCUCUUCACACCAUGACAGACAUCAGAAGAUAGCAGAGAUCGAGACGCAUCCGGAUGAUGAAGGCAGAAACACAGAGGGGAUCAAUGAGAAUGCUGAUGGACAGAAACAAAAAAAGAAAGUCAAAGUCAAAUUUGUUCCUCAAAGAGGUUUCGUGAUCGGCUUAUCCAAGGUUGACAAGGCUAAUAAUGAAACAAAGGAAGAAAUUCCACAUUUUAAGGAGAAUGAUGAUGCUGAACUGAAGGGAGCUUGUGGUUUCACACCUCAUCCAGAACUUAAGGAUCACGACGGGCUGGAUGAGCUGAAGGGAAUGAGCAGUUACACGCCUCAGGAGUUCAAGGAAGACACAUUACAGAGAACCGAAGCCGGACGCAGUUAUUCACCAAAUAAUUUUAAGAGUUCAUAUUCCAAUGGGUUUAUGGGUCCAUCUUCAUGGGAUUCAAAGGCAGCCGAUUGGGAGAAAGACGGCUGUAAAGCAGCAGAUCUCUUCACAUCUUCAGACUUCAGUGAGAAACAUCAGGAAAUGCAAGACUGUCGACCUAAGAAAACAGGGAAGUUUAAAAUCCAUCUUUUACACCGCAGACAUUCAAAGAACAUUGAAGAAUCUGAGAUCAGGACAACUAAAGAUCAUGAUGAGAUGAAGAAGCCUCCUAUUCUUAAAGUGCCGCCACUGUCCCGCCGAGACUCAAAGAGUGUUGAGGAAGACGAGGUCCCUCAGAAGGGUGCAGAUCUGUUCAAGGCCCGAGACGCUGAGCUGGCGGAGGACAUCGGCUGGGAGGAAUACACACCGGACAAUAAACCACAGAAACCUAAAGAAACUGACUCGGAUCGCAGAGGGUCAAAGGAUACUUUUCCCGAAGACUUUCUGGACUCUCUGGGUGCCACAUCUGGAGAUUUUUACCUGUCUGAUGCUGCUAAGGCUGAGUGGAUGUCGGCUCAGAUGGACAUGAGGCGACUGAGAGAUCAAGAGGAAGAGCGGAAGCAUGAGGAAGAGGAGGACGAAGGGGACACUGACAGUCUGAUGGAGUGGUGGAAUACAGUCGAGUUUUGGGAUGAACUACCUUCCAAUGAGACGAUCAGCUCUAAAGAGGAAGAGACCAUAUCGUUUAAAGCAGUCGCCGAUAAGGUCCAUCGUGGCCUCCGCGUAUACCUGAAGCUCUUCAUGGAGCAAGCCGAGCUGCUCUACCAGCACGUGCUGAUCUUAUACGGCAUCGCAGACGACAUCAGCAACUUCCACCAUCGCACUAAAAUCGCCAACAUCACGGGUGGCACGACCACAGCUGUCGGAGGAGCCGCGGCCAUCGCAGGACUGGCGCUGAUUCCGGUUACAUUUGGCGCUUCCAUCAUCGUCUCGGCCAUUGGAUUGGGCGUGGCUACGGCGGGCGGCAUCACGGCGGCUUCAGCCAGCAUUUCAGACAAUAUCCACAACAUGCAUGACCGUAAAAAGAUCGAGAUAAUCAUUCAGGACUACGAGGCUCAGCUGGUGGAAAUGCAGCGCUGCUUGCGAUUCAUCAUUGAAGGUCUUUGUCGAUUGCGCACUCAUCCGCUGCUGCGACGCAACAACUACUACACCGGCGACUGGGAAGUGCGACGGGCGCUCCAAACCAUCAGCCUAGUUACUGACCCGGUCGAGCAAGCUGAAGAAAUCACUAACUACACUCUGGCCAAGUUAGCCAGUCUGCAUACAGGAAUAGACAAGUACUUCACUAAAGACAUGAAGGAGGUGAAGAAGGGCUGUAAGAAGGAGGCGACGGCGGAGGUGCGAAGCCUGGCCAAACAACUGCAUGAAGGUUUAGUAGAGCUCAGCUCCAUCAGAGAGCAGCUGCUCGAUGCCAGCGGAAACAUCUGAAGUCAGAGUCAGAGUCGCUGUGUGUGUUUUUGGUCCCAGCUGUCUGCGCUCCCAUUGGCUGCUUUGCUUUGCUGCUCAUUUGCAUAAAAGAAACUCUGCUCAACCUGCUGGAAAUAAAUCCCACUGAAAAUGAAUGAAGUGCGGCUGCUUUGUUGCAGCAAAUCGCUGUCAGUGUGAACGCGUCUUACAAGGGAUUAAAAUGAGUUUUUCUCUUGAGAAAGAAUGUCUUUUGAUGAAACAAGAAAUCCAUCAUUCAGCAUGCAAAUGAUUGCCACGCCACGCAAUAAAAAAAGUAAAAACGCUAAUUGCGAGUUUAUAUCUCACAAUUCAGACUUUUCUUCUUACACUGUGUCUACACUGGACGCGAGCGGUGCGACGCGUCAAAAGAUAAUAGAACCCAUUAUAAUCAGUGAUAUUGGGCCCUAUUUUAAGCACAGUGCAAGUGAACUUAGGACAUUUACAUGGCGGAAUUUGCAAGCGGAAAAAAACUGAACACUUCUAUAGUGAGGAAACGGAUCUACUCGUGCGUGAGGAGAUCAUCUGCGGGUCAAGCUAGAUUCCACCAAAGCAUUUUUAUCUUUAUGCACACAAUAAUAAUCUACAUUGUAAUCUUUUUAUUUUUAAUAUUUAGCAUGUUUGUGUGCUGCUGUGCGUCCCUGUAUGUGUAACAAGCAGAGUGUAUGCACGACUAUAGGCGCAUAUUACUAACGCGCUCUUUAAAUAACAAAACAAAUAUUGCGGCAUUGACUUUAGAGCAGGUUUUAGUUGGUCAAUGGUGCAGUUGUAUUCAGUUGCCUCAAAUAGCAAUGCGCCAACAAUGCACCUGAACACACCUCGUUUCCAGACCAGCAUGCCCAUGGGCGAACAGAUGGGCACAAGUGCAUUUGCAAUUUAAAUAACAUGGCACAGGAUGUGAAAAUGAUAACUGUGUCGGGCUGAAAAUGGCAAAAAUCACUUGCGUCUCGCCUGCCGCCGCAUUGCGCCGGGUGCAUGAUAGGGCCCCUAGUCUACACUGGAUGCGGCGUGACGUGACGCGACACAACAAAUUCCCGACAGUAAACGGAUUCCCCGUUCUAUUUCUGACGUAGUCCAAGUGCGGUUUGUCGCGUUCAGUGUAGACAGGUUUUAGCUGUUGCGGCGCGAUUUUUCUUAGAAAUGUAAGUUUAUAUAUCGCAAUUGGAAGUUAUAAACACGCAAAUUCUGAUAUUUUAUCUCACAAUUGCAAAUUUAUAUAAUCAGAAUUGUGAGUUUUAAACAAGCAAUUGAUUUUUUUUUUUUUUUCUCAGAAUUCUAAAUUUACAUUUUGCAAUUAUUUUUGUUUUGUUUUGUUUUUAUUUGUUUGUUUCUGGCAUGGAAUAAAAAAUAAUAGCAGUUUUUUUUUUUUUUUCACAAUCACAAAUCAGACAUUUCUCACAAUUGCAACUUUCUAUCUCACAAUUCAGACUUUUACAAUUCAAAGUUUCUAUCUCACAAUUGCAAUUGGAAGUUAUAAACUUGUGAGUUUAUAUCUUGCAGUUCGGACUUGUGAGAAACAAACUUAGAAUCGUGAGUCACACUAACCUUUUUAAGUUUUUUUUUUUUUUUUUUUUUGUGGCAGAAAUAAGCAUCUAUGCAUCCUCUACAUAAAUAUUAAAAGAUUAAGAGACUUCCAGAAGGGGUAAGCCUGAUAUUUUUCCCAUUUGAUCAACAGUUCCCAUCAAGCUUUACUGGACUACAUGACCUAAAAACAAAUGUUUUCUAUACUAUUUCUGUUUGUAGUCACAAAUCAUAUUUCAUAUUUAACUGUUCUGCCAGACUUUGUGGUUAAAAUCCAGUUUUUGUUCACAAUCAUUGUGGUGAGAAUGAAGCCCACAGACAAGAUUUGUUUUUAUGUACAGCAAUUGAGAUUUAUGCUCUUGUUUUGCACUAAUUGUAUUAUUUCUAACAUUAAAGCUGUUACAGAAAAGUUCUUUCAUGUCAUGACAUGAUUUUGUGCAAUACAGCAAUAAAGAUAUGAUGUAAAUAAAAUUAAUUCAAAUAUA